UUACAAGUUUGAUUAGAGCGUAGUUUUUCGUGAAUCAACUGAUACAAUUUACAAUUUAUGUGCUUUAAAUAGUUGUGCUGGAUGUCGAUCAACCUGGAGAUAAAGCUCAGACGAGCGAAUAAAAUCUACUACGAAGGGGAAACGAUCAGUGGCGUUAUUCAUAUAUCAUCUUCAACGGAAGCCAAGCACGAUGGGAUAACAUUGUCCAUGGAAGGACAGGUCAAUCUGACCAUCAGUAACAAAAAUGUGGGCAUCUUCGAGGCCAUGUACAACUCGGUCAAACCGAUCACUCUGCUUAAUCAGUACACAGACCUGGCCCCGUCCGGUAAACUACCCUCAGGAUCCACGGAAAUCCCCUUUGAACUUCCACUAAUCUGCGCAAAGGAGCCGAAAGUCUUGUACGAAACCUACCACGGGGUAUUCGUCAACGUUACCUACAUUCUAAAAGCGGAAAUAAAGCGCAGUUUCCUGGCCAAGAGCGUCACCAAGGCACAACAGUUCUUCAUCCAAUACCAUCCGGGUUUACCGUCGGAGAAGAAAACUGAAACCAACUUUUCCAUCAGCCCGGAGUCUCUGCAGAAAACGGCCAAAGAACGAAUCUCCAUACCGCGGUUCCUGAUCACCGGUGUGCUGGACUCCACGGAAUCAUGCGUCACGAAACCAUUCACCGGGAGUUUGACCAUUCAUCACACGGAGGUUCCGAUCAAAUCGAUCGAAAUGCAACUGGUCCGUGUGGAAACGUGCGGAUGCGCCGAAGGGUACGCACGGGAUGCCACGGAGAUUCAGAACAUCCAGAUUGCCGAUGGGAACGUUUGUCCGAAGGUGCAGAUUCCGAUCUACAUGACGUUUCCGCGAUUGUUUACGUGCCCUACGUUGAUAACGAAAAAUUUCAAAAUUGAAUUCGAGGUCAAUCUUGUGGUGGUCUUCGGAGAUGAUUAUCUAGUGACGGAGAACUUCCAAAUCGUGCUGAACAGAACUGCCUGACUACGUCCGGCUGUAUAAACGAAGUGCUUUAUAUUAA